UUGCGAUGGGAAAGGAGGUCUGUAGAACGUCAGGCAGCGCACAAAAGCUUUGCCACGUAAUUACAGGCUCCCAUUAAGUCGAGCGCUGCCCUCCCAGGGGGCUCCCAUUUUCUUGCACUCCCUACAAAGCCUCCUCCGCAUGCCAGUCUGUGCCUUUUGAAGUGCCAGAGAGCUUCUUGAUCCAACUGAGAAGGAAAAGGAGUCUCGCAAGAAGAGGGGGAGAGAGGGAAGAGAAAGGGGGGAGCCGCCACCACCCUCCUCCGGACUCCCGAAGCCCUUUUUUUCCCUCCUCACGAAAAGUAAAGUGAGAAUCCGGCUCUCCAGUACAUCUGCAAGACAUCACCCUCUCCUCCUGAAACUUUAGUCACUCCUGAGAAUCCGCAGGAGUGCGGAGAGGGGGAACACGUUUUCUUGAAGAUGUUUUAAAGCUGGAACAAGCCUUCUUCUGUUGGUGCUUGAACUCUUGCCUGGGAAUAACUUUUUUAACCUUAAAAAAACCCACUUUGAUUCUUCUCUCCCACCCCUUCUUCUCUCUUCUUGUGUUUGCCUAACUCCCCCGCCCUGCUGGCCUCUCUCCCCCUUACUAUUAUUUUUAGUGUGUGCGUGUGGACGCUUUUGGAGAGGUGGAAGGAAUUUUUUUCUCCUGACUCGAACGUAGGGUGACUUUUUGAUUUGAUUUUUUUGGUGUGGAUUAUCUCUUUGGAUCGCGCCGGACUUGGCCUCAGGAACCAGCCCGGGCUGUCAAAGGCGGCUGGUGGCGGAGAACGCACUGAUCUGCGCGAGGGUCCCCCGCCCUCUUUCCACUAUUUUUGUGUGUGUGCUUCCCCUCCUCUCUCUCUCUCUCUCUCUCUCUCUCUCUCUCUCUCUCUCUCUCUCCACUCCCCCCUCUCUCUUCCCCACUCGACUCCUCUCCCCCCUCGCGCCCACAGCGUUUGGUGUUGAUUCGAGCGGGAAGAGGGGGGUGGGUGGGAUCGGAGGGGGAGACCAUGACCUCCAGCUACGGGCACGUUCUGGAGCGGCAACCGGCACUGGGCAGCCGCUUGGACAGCCCCGGCAACCUCGACACUCUGCAGGCGAAAAAGAACUUCUCCGUCAGUCACCUGCUAGACCUGGAGGAAGCCGGGGACAUGGUGGCGGCGCAGGCGGACGAGAGCGUGGGCGAGGCGGGCCGGAGCCUGCUGGAGUCGCCGGGACUCACCAGCGGCAGCGACACCCCGCAGCAGGACAAUGACCAGCUGAACUCGGAGGAGAAGAAGAAGAGGAAGCAGCGGAGGAACCGGACCACCUUCAACAGCAGCCAGCUGCAGGCUCUGGAACGUGUCUUUGAGCGGACCCACUACCCUGAUGCUUUCGUGCGAGAGGACCUGGCCCGCCGCGUGAACCUCACCGAAGCCAGAGUGCAGGUGUGGUUUCAGAACCGAAGAGCCAAGUUCCGCAGGAACGAGAGAGCCAUGCUGGCCAAUAAAAACGCUUCCCUGCUCAAAUCCUACUCAGGAGACGUGGCUGCCGUGGAGCAGCCCAUCGUGCCCCGCCCUGCUCCGCGGCCCACCGAUUACUUCUCCUGGGGGACGGCCUCUCCGUACAGUGCCAUGGCUACUUACUCUGCCACAUGUGCCAACAGUAGCCCUGCACAGGGCAUCAACAUGGCCAACAGCAUUGCCAACCUGAGACUGAAGGCCAAGGAAUAUAGUUUACAGAGGAACCAGGUGCCAACAGUCAACUGAGGAAAAAAACAAUUAAACAGGCCUAAGAAGAGAUCCAAAAAACCAUAAGACACCUGUCCUGUUCUGUCAUUUCUUCAUCUGCUGGAAAAAAAUAAUAAAAACAAACACACCAAAAAACAGAACUAAACUAUUGGGACCAUGGCAGAGAAGAGCAGGAGAGGAGACAAAUGCAAAUUAGUUAACAGUCACUCCUCCUCCCCUGGGAUUCCAGCACCUCUCGUCCCUGGGUGCGUUCGUUUUGUCUGUCCUCCUCCCUGUGCUUUGCUUCAUAUACUCCGAGCUUCUUCAGUGGGGUUCAGCCCGCCCACCCCCAUGAUUGUAUGGGUUUUUAAAAAGUCUACAGCAGCCAAAGAAACCAUCUAUAUAGAUAUAUACUCUGAAUAACUGCCUAUAGUCUCCUCAUUGAUGUGUUCAAACCUCGGUGCCUUAGCCCACCUUCCUUCCCACUUUCCUGUACAGAGAAGCUCUAGGAACUUCUGAAAAGCCAAAGCCUUUCUAAAGAACCUGUGCCACACGCGAUUCCCUUCCUCCCUGCCUCCACCUCUGCUGGCCAUGGGAAGGCUUCUCCAUCAGCUGCUGUGGGCAAAGAAAAGCAAUCCUGUGCAACAGCUGGUCGCUGGCCUGUCCGGCUGGUUCUAAGCAAUAAGCUCUGGACCGAAUCUCUAGAUUUAAGCUCUAAACUAUUGAUAAUAUCACCAUGACCCCCCAUCCUAAAAAUCAGCCUUCCUCAGUUAAAGAUAUUUGUUGCUUUUCAAAGAUUUGCUGUCAUGGGCUAUUUGCUAGAAGGAAUAUUUUCCAUUUGAAUGAGGGAGAGAAAUGUCUCUCGGAAAACCAAGACCGACUUGUGAAAGGCACGGCCUCUAUCUCCUUGGUGCCUUUGGGUCCUUGGGCGCACACCUAUAUAUACACGCUGUAUAUAUUUAUAUAUUAUAUAUCUAUAUAAAAUAUUCUCUCGA